AUGGCGAUACGGGUCCUUCGUCUCGCAUUACUGAUCAUUGGAACGCGAGCGAUAUGGAACGAUCCCGAACGAUACAGACACAUUUCUGACGGGAGUGACCAGCAUCAUUUCGUGACUCGACCGGAAUUUGCGGCCCCUCGCUAUGUCGUGGCCAAACACCAUCCACGUGCCAUCAGCCCUGGGUACUGGUUCGUCUCGCCACAUGUGGACCCGUUCACAACACCGCCGUAUUCCGGCGAGCGCAACUUCGUCCCUUGCGGCAAUGGUCCACACAUCUACGACGACAAUGGAGUCCUGAUCUGGAGCGGAGCCUGCCGAUACCAGAAUCGCAACUGUUUUGGAUUCAAUGCUGUCCAGGUCAACGACACCGCUGCCCUCACCUUCUACGUUGCCGAGAAACAUGCUCAAAGAGGCUCCGAGGUUCUUGCUCCUCGAUCCGGCUUCAUCCUCAACAAUCGCUAUGAAGAACUUGCUCACAUUGUCAUCGACUCCAAAUACACGCACGACGAGCACGAAUUCUACCUUCAACCCGACGGCCGCACGAUCAUAGUUUCGAUGCGCGAAGCCGUAAACGCCGACGGUGCGGAUAUCAAUCAGACAUCUCGGCAGGUGUCAGCGACGGGGUUUCUCGAAAUCGACAUUGCAUCUGACCGGCCUAUUUUCACUUGGAGUCCCCGAGCGGCUAUCGGCAUCCAUGUCAAUCAAAGCUGCGAUACUGUAAACAAGUUCAACACCGACAGGAAGAAGGUUUGGGAUUUCUUCCAUCUCAAUUCGGUGGAAAAGUUCGCGAAUGGCGACUAUCUUGUUUCUGCCCGUCACAUGCAUGCUAUCUAUCGAAUUUCAGGUCAGAAUGGGAAGAUCCUUUGGACGCUCGGUGGGUGUGUCGGGAAUUCCGAUUUCACCAUGGGAGAUGGAGUGGCUUUUCAUUGGCAGCAUAAUGCUCGGAUCCUGUACGAGGAUGAAGCAAGGCUCAUUCUCUCAUUUUUCGACAAUGAGAGCGACGACCACGAUUACGGGGAACCAUUCGGGACAAACCCGCCGAUUGGGAAGAUCAUUGAACUGAAUCUAUCGAGCCGUCCUAUGACCGCAACUCUACUUCGGCGAUUCGAUCGACCCGACAAAGGGCAAACACCAACUGCAGGUGGUCUCCAAGUGCUGGGUCCUAUUACAAACGCGGAGGAUGUGAGGUCUGCUCAUGUCUUUGUGUGCUGGAGCCGGGAAGGCUAUAUCAGUGAAUAUGAUGGCAACGACAAGCUCGUGAUGGAAGCCCGCUUUGCAUCAGAUCGUAAACGCACCUAUCGCGCCUUUAAGGCGGCCUUCAAAGGCUACCCCACCGAACCACCCAUCCUCAAAAUUCUCUCGAUGCCUUACAACACACUCUCGAUCCUUCAGCCCGCUUCUGUGUUCUAUGUCAGUUGGAACGGUGCGACAGAAGUGGCUUCUUGGCGCUUUUACGGCAGAGCUAACAACUCCUCUGCCGAGUUCUCUCUCGUAGCCGACGCUUCCAAGUCCGGCUUUGAGACGUCGGUCAUUGUGCCGCAGCACAUUCCCUUUGCGUACGCCGAAGCCUUCGACGCAGACGGGAAGGGAAUAGGGAGAUCGGAAGUCGUGGGCAUCGAAUUGCCGUCUGGUGCUAGCGGGCUUGGAAACGAGGCUUUGAUAUUCCCUAACGAAGGAUUGCCGGCAGCUCCAUCGUCGCUACAAGGAUACAGUACGGCGGAGCUGCUAGGGUUCCUUGUCCUAUUCUCUCUUGCUGUUUACGGGCUUGUGGGACUUCUUCGUAAGCUAUUGAAAGCCGGGGUCCGUUUGUGGCGAGGAGAUCGGGCGGCAGUAGGCUAUAGUCAGCUUCCUUUGUCGGACCUCUAA